CUCUACUAUUACAAAUUAACAAACGUACCCCUUUACUAAUAUUUUGCACAAACAUACCCUUCUAAUAUUAAAACGUAACGAAAAUACCCUUCCGUCUAAUUAUCUGUUAAGUGACCGCUAAAAUGGAUUGUAAAAUUACCAAAUUACCCCUCAUUUACUAACUCUCAUAAUUUAUGUUUUAAUUAUUUUACAUAUCUAACCAAGUAAUUAAAAAACUAAACCUACGGAAUCCCAACCUUUCAACUCACCAGACUCAUCAACUCCGGCAGCCUUUUCAAGUUUCAUCGAUGGCUGGAGCAGGCUUCAGCGGCCACUUCCUCGCUACUUGCACCCCCUGUCAAGGUGGGGCAGCGGCAGAACCACCGUCCGGCGGAAACGAAGAUGUGUUAACGGAAGUGAGGUUGAAGUACGAAAUCGGUGGCGGCAGGGAUGAGGAGUUCGUAAGAUUCUUGGUGGAGAAAGAGGCUGUCCAUGUAUUCAAAGUUGGUCAAAGUGUGGAUUUUGACGAAUGGGUCAGCGACGUUCGUACUGAAGCCAUUAAUUGGUUUCUCAAUACGAGAGCUUCACUUGGGCUCCGCUGGAAGGAAAAUGAUGCAUCUCUCUAUCACUCACUUUGACCGCUUCUUGUCAAAAUUCGUCAUCAAGAUCAGCCAUCAACAGUUUCGCUAGUUGGAUUUCUUGUGGGUUUAUUUUCUUUUUCUUACUCGUCUACUUUUUUCCUCUGUUUUUGUUCCUCUGAGCACAGCCGCAUCAUCGGGUAUGGGUGGCGACUGGCAAGGCUGCUGCAGUUAGCGUGCUUUACAUUAGCUGCGAAGAUGGAAGAGACAGAUUCACCAUAUCUUUCUCUGCCUGCUCCAGCCACCAUCAAUGAAAGGUUGCUGAAGUU